UUUUACAACUCGAAUGUCAAGUCGUCGUUUGCGUGUCGCAUGUGUUUUUCUAUUUUGUCGAGUGUGAAGUGUCCAUCGCGUCGCAGGUGUGCGCAGCAAGCCCCCAUCAACUCAAGAAGAAUUUAUCUUGAAGAACCAAGACCAAGAGCUCAAGAUUUCAAGCCCAAGGGACGCGGAUAAAUAUUAAAUAGUGAAAAUAGUAACGCUACUUCGUGUAGUGUUACAUUUCACUUAGUGUAGCCCCUUGGAGGGUUUGUUUUGUGACUCUUCGUGGUUGGGGACUCUGUGGUGGUGUACCACCAACCUGGACCUCGGCUCUUGGGGUAUGUAGAGGCUGGGAACCAUCUCCCUCUCGAAUUCUUCUUCCUAAGUUUUUGUACUCCUAAGACCAUAGUGGCUGCUGUACCUCCUGCCAAAAUUCUUCGACUUGUUGACACGGCUCGAAGGAGCUGACCUAAACUACAGUGACCUUCAAAAGAAGACCAAGCUGCUGGCCUUGCUUCCGGACUCAUGGUCCUCGCUCAUCAUCAACCUAAAUCGAGAUCUGCCCCGCCUCUCGCUCGAAGAUGUGAAGCGGGAAAUCUUACAAGAAGAUUUCCGCCGUCGUGAAUUGGCGGGUACCGAUGGUGCCGGAGUUGCAAGCAUGGGCCGUGGGCACGGCCGUGGAAGGGGCAGAGGGCGAGGAGGAAGAUUUGGCAGCAGCAACUUCAAUGGAGGCCGUGGUAAUGGAGGAUAUGGCAGCAACAACAACAACAAUGGCUACGGGCGUGGGCGCGGUCGAUUUUAUGGCGAAUGCCACUUUUGCCACAAGACCGGCCACAUGUGGAGAGAUUGCUACAGAUUGCCGGAUGGAUGGACCCCUUCUCAAGGCCAAGAGGGCAGAGGAGCAAGGGGAGGAAGAGGCAGAGGUCGUGGAGGCCGUGGCAUGUGAAUCCAAGGAGAGUGGUGCAGCAGCCAAAGGUGGUGGAAAUGAUGAGGAGAAUCAUAAGAUCAGCAAAGCAGCAGCGGCGAAGGAGAAAGGAGAGAGCUUGUGGGGCACAAUUGCGAGUGCCGCUUUCUCCCACCCGACUUCCGCUACGGGAGAGUGUGAUUGGCUGACCUUGCAUCGGCGAAUGGGGCAUGUGGCAUUGCCCAUUUUGCAGCAGAUAGUCAAGCAAGACAUGGUCAGUGGGAUACGUGUCAAGGGGGAGCCCAAUGAGGUGCUUGGCUGUCCAACAUGCAUGCAAGCCAAGUUCACCCGCUACCCGUUCCAUAGCUCGGAGACAACGGCGAAGGCACCACUUGAUGAGGUGGUGAUGGAUGUGGUGGGCCCCUUGAAGCUUGGAGCUGCUGGAGCUGAGUACUUCCUCACCAUUGUGGACGUCUACACUCGCAUGACUUGGGUGUAUGUGCUGCCCAAGAAGAGUGACGUGGCUGAAACGGUGAAGACCGAUUGGUUGCCGAUGGUGGAGCGGCAACAAGACCGGCUUGUGAAGGCGAUUCGCACUGACCGUGGGGGAGAGUUCCUGAGCAAGGACUUCUCAACUUGGCUGAAGAAGCAGGGCAUAAGGCACUCUCUUACCAUGCCCUAAUCUCCUGCAAUGAACGGCAUUGCCGAGC